UAGUAAUAAUAACAACGAUGGCAGCGGGCCCCGGGCCAAGCGUCUCCCGCAGAUAGUGACCCUUAACCCUCGUAGCGCACGGUGAGCAGGGCACGGACCUUAUACCCCUUUACACACGGGGAAACAGGCGCAGUCCGGGCGCGCCGACUGGCCCGGAUGCUGAGGGGUGGAGUCGGGAUUCGAACCCUGGCCCUCUGGUCCCCGAGUGCGCAUGCUCCGCUGGUACCGGCCCCCCCCCCCCCACUCCCCCGCCGUUCUCGGAUGCAGCUUAGGGUCGUUCCCGAGGAUAGGGUGGCCCCGCUCCCGCCAAUGCCCCUCCCCCGCCGCAAAGGCCGACCACCGUGAUGACGGUAAUAGUAACCAUAGCGUCGGCCGGGCGCGGAGAUAGCAAGUGUCAUGGAGUAGAGAUACCGUAAUGUACGGAGUCGGCAGACCCCCACCGAGAGCCCCGCCCUGCAAGACCCCUUGCCUGGGGGCGAGGCACAACCCCGGGAGGUUCUAGGAACUAGCAUCCAGAUAUCUUUGGGGGCCAUUAUCCAGCCAACCAUAGCCAGGAUGAAAGGGGUCAUCCUGUAUUCAAAGGAGCCGGUGACCUUCCGGGACGUGGCUGUGGACUUCACCCAGGAGGAGUGGGGGCAGCUGGGCCCUGCCCAGAGGACCCUGUACCGGGACGUGAUGCUGGAGACCUUUGGUCACCUGCUCUCUGUGGGGCCUGAGCUUCCCAAACCCGACGUCAUCUCCCAGCUGGAGCAAGGGGCUGAGCUGUGGGUGGCGGAGAGAGGAACUGCCCGGGGCUGCUGUCCAGGCUGGGAGCCUGGACCUGAAGGCCGAGUGCCACCCAAGGAACAGGGCCUUCCUGAGGAGGAGUCAUCUGGUGUCUUGGAAGGGGAAGGCUUCCUGAGGGAUGUUCCCUGUCCCGCCACACUAGGGGAAGACGGGGGAUGUGAAGGCCAGGUAAAGACACCUGAGGAGAAUUCAAAGCAAUUGGAAUUUAGCCUCGAGGAAGCACCAGUUGAAGAUGGAGGCUACAAAAGUCUCGGACUUGGAGAAAACUGUGUCCUGAGUUCAGACCUAAAUCCAUUCCUGGAGAUAACUAGGAGAGAAGGUUUCUGUACUUACGACUCACAGGUUACAGACUCAGAGUGUAAGUCAGGCUUAGUUAGUCAGCAGACAGGCAACUCAGGAGGACAGCCGUGUGACAGCAGCGACUGUAGCAGAGCUUCCAGUCAGGCCGUUCCUGUUUUGGAACUUGCGCGUAGCCAGAUACAGGAUAAGCCCUACAAGUGCACGGACUGCGGGAAGUCCUUUAACCAUAACGCACACCUCACAGUGCAUAAGAGGAUCCACACGGGAGAGAGACCUUAUAUGUGCAAAGAGUGCGGGAAAGCCUUCAGCCAGAACUCCUCCCUGGUUCAGCACGAGCGCAUCCACACGGGAGACAAGCCCUAUAAGUGUGCCGAGUGUGGGAAGUCUUUCUGCCAUAGCACACACCUCACUGUCCAUCGGAGAAUUCACACCGGAGAGAAGCCCUACGAGUGUCAGGACUGCGGGAGGGCCUUCAACCAGAACUCCUCCCUGGGCCGGCACAAGCGGACACACACCGGGGAGAAGCCGUAUACCUGCAGCGUGUGUGGGAAAUCCUUCUCGAGGACCACGUGCCUGUUCCUGCACCUGAGGACUCACACUGAGGAGAGGCCCUAUGAGUGUAACCACUGUGGGAAGGGCUUCAGGCACAGCUCCUCCCUGGCCCAGCAUCAGCGGAAGCACGCUGGGGAGAAGCCCUACGAGUGCCGCCAGAGGCUGAUCUUUGAGCACUCGCCAGCUCUAACCAAGCACGAGUGGGCAGAAGCCCUGGGCUGCGAUCCACCUUUGAAUCCAGGCCAGAGGGCUCCCCGGAGCGACAGGCCCUUCAGGUGUAAUCAGUGUGGGAAGUGUUUCAUUCAGAGCUCCCACCUCAUCCGGCACCAGAUAACUCACACCAGAGAGGAGCCCCGUGGACGGAGCCGGCGUCGUGAGCAGCCCUUUGGCCGGAGCUCGCACCUCAGCCGGCAUCAGCAUCAGCACCUGCACUCAGGCGAGAACCCUGGGGGCGAGACCAAGGCGGGACAGCCUGCAAGUCGUGCGCUCGCCCUGUUUGACAUCCACGAAAUCAUGCAAGAGAAAAACCCAGUGCACGUUAUCGGGGUGGAAGAGCCUUCCGUGGGCACAUCCGUAUUAUUUGACAUCAGAGAAUCCACGUAGGGGAGAAACUCUACAGAAGACUUUUGAACCACAGGUACAAAAAUGUGGUAAGUCCACAUAUUGUAUUCACGGAAAGGGGUACAUGGGUAGACAUGCCAAAUGUGACCUCUGAUGUCCUAGGGACAUGGUGCUUCCUGACACCUGAGAUGGUGGUUCUCGAGUCUGUCAAGCCCAGUGCCCCUUUAACCACAGAUAUUUUGUCUGUUCCCUCUAUUACCAUGAAAUGAAUUCAUAGAUACUGUAGCCUACACACGUGUAAUGUCAAAAAAUCAGUAUACAGCCCUGUUUUGUAAAAGAUAAUAAAAGGAAAGUAAUUUAUGACAGAGUCAAGUGUCCUGGGUUGGUGCAGUAUUUCUCCAAGGGACUGUGUGUGUUGUUACACCCAGUAAUCCCGGGCAUUGCCUCUUGCUUGCCAUCUGACACACGGGGUCUGGUGUUGGCCACGGAAAUAUUGUGAGGGGCCUUCCUGUACAGGAUGUGAUUUUCCAAAGUGGUGACUAACUCUUGCAAAGUUUUGGACAGAACAAAAUGCUGUUGCAUUUCUGGAAGAUUCUGUAUAAAAUUCUAAGCAUGCAAGAA